ACGGCUUCCGGCGGUUGCAGCGUGGGCUCUGCUCCGUUGGGCUCCGGGCCAUUUUGUGCCCCUUGCGCCUGGGUUUGCGUUUGUUAACCGUUAACUCCUGGGCAGGAGCGCCGGGCUUGUUACUUUGAGAGUUGGUCCGCACCCUUAGGCAGCGGCCGGACGUUUGUAACUUGAUCUCGGGCAGUUCCAUCCUCUCACAUAUAAAGGCUGCUCCAGGAUUUCUGCAGCCCCUGCUGUCCCAGGGUGUCACCCAGAGAUAAGCAUUCUAGUAGUGUGUGGGCCAAGUCCUCAGACAGUAAAAGCACCUUAGUCAUUCUCAAGAGGAAUAGUAACAACAUGGAUCCUGAAGGCUCUGUACAGGAUCCUGAAGAGAAGUAUUCUUCUGUCUGUGUUGGCAGAGAAGAUGACAUUAAGAAAUCAGCAAGAAUGACAGCUGUGGUCCAUGAUAGAGAAGUGGUCAUCUUCUACCACAAAGGAGAGUAUCAUGCCAUGGAUAUUCGCUGCUACCAUUCAGGAGGACCUUUACAUUUGGGAGAAAUCGAGGAUUUCGAUGGACGAUCAUGUAUAGUUUGUCCCUGGCAUAAAUACAAAAUUACUUUGACAACAGGAGAAGGAUUAUACCAGUCUAUAAACCCUAAAGAUCCAUCAGCAAAACCCAAGUGGUGCUCCAAAGGAGUAAAGCAAAGGAUCCACACCGUGACCGUGAAUAAUGGGAAUAUUUACGUGACUCUUUCUAAGGAACCUUUUAGGUGUGACUCUGAUUUUUAUGCCACUGGAAACUUCAAAGUAAUUCAGAGUUCUUCCUGAUAAAAAUAUAUGGCAAAGAAAAAUGUGUAUGCUUGAAAAUAUUUUUAGAAUAACUUUGCUUCGAUGCCAAAGGUGAAUUUUUUCCAAUAAGUAUUACUUAUCGUUAAAAACCAUAGAUCUGAGAGGUUUAAAAGAACUUGUACUUAGUACAAUUUAAGGAUUACCAUCAGGAUCAACAGAAUGCUUUUUUUAUCUAAUCUUCUGGAUUGGAACUUGCACUUUAUAAAUUUGAGAUUUUCUGUUUAAGAAGAAUGAAAUACUAUUCAGGAGGCAGAGAUCAGGAGGAUUGGUGUUUAAGGCUAGCCUAAACAAAAUGUUAGUGAGAUCCCAUC